UAUGUAUGCUCCUACGACGAUGACGGAUUUUAAUCCUUCUAAGCCUGUUGCAUCACCUGUAGAAAAGUUAAAAUUAGAAUGGGCUUACGGCUAUCGAGGCCGCGAUGGCAGGAACAAUCUUUACUUAUUACCAACUGGGGAAAUGAUAUAUUUCAUAGCCGCAGUUAUUGUUUUGUACAAUGUAGAUGAGCAAAUUCAGCGACACUAUACUGGUCAUAACGAUGAUGUAAAAUCCCUAAGUGUUCAUCCCGAUAAAAUUACAAUAGCGAGCGGGCAAGUUGCUGGACAUGACAAAAAGGAGGGCAAACCCCAUAUUAGAAUCUGGAAUUCAUUGAGUUUACAAACAUUGCAUGUACUUGGUCUUGGACAUUUUGAUAGAGCAGUAUCUUGUAUUGCUUUUUCGAAAUUCGACGGUGGCCAAUAUUUAUGUGCUGUUGACGAAGCAAACGAACAUAUUAUGUCAGUAUGGCAUUGGCAAAAAGAAACAAAAUUAAUAGAGUCCAAGACAUCUGCCGACCCAGUUUUAGCUUGUGACUUUCAUCCAGGUGAUAAAAAUAUUAUUGUGACUUGCGGCAAAGGACAUAUUUCCUUUUGGAAUUUUGAAAAUAAUAUUUUAACAAAAAAACAAGGAAUCUACGAAAAACACGAGAAGCCAAAAUUUGUCAAUUGUAUUGCUUUCGCUUCGAAUGGUGAUGUUAUGUCGGGGGAUUCUAAUGGAAAUAUUCAAAUAUGGGGACGAGGCACGAAUAAAAUUUCACAUGUCAUACUAAAUGCUCAUGAUGGAACCGUGUUUACAAUUUGUUCUCUUCCUGAUGGAAACUUUUUGUCUGGUGGAAAGGAUAGAAAUAUUAUAAAAUGGGAUGCUAAUUAUAAGAAAACUGCUUCUUCAAAGUUAGACGAAGUUUAUGGAUCUAUUAGAAUGUUGAGUUGUGAAAAAGGAUCGCAAAUUAUUGUGGGAACAACUAAGAAUAAUAUUCUUAUGGGUUCCUUCGAUUUACAAUGGAGUCCCGUUGUUUAUGGUCACGUUGAAGAAUUAUGGGGUUUGGCUGUUCAUCCAACUCAGCAUCAGUUUUUAACGGCAGGAGAGGACAAAAAUGUUUUCCUAUGGGAUGCUCAUAAACAUUCAAUUGUUUGGCAAAAAUGCGUUCCAGAAGGUGCCCACUCCGCAAUUUUCCACCCAAAUGGAAAUUUCUUUGUUAUUGGACUAAAUUCUGGUCGUUGGAUAGUAUUUGAAAUUGCGUCACAACAGAUUAUUUCAUCUCAUACUGACGGAAAUGAGCAGAUUGAGUGCUUAUCCUUUUCACCAGAUGGCGCCUACUUAGGAGUUGGAAGUAGAGAUAACAUCAUUUAUGUUUAUAAUAUCACAGAAGAAGGUCGCAAAUAUUCAAGAGUUGGUCGUUGUAUUGGUCAUUCCAGUUUCGUGACACAUAUUGAUUGGUCAGUUGAUAGUCAGUAUUUGCAAUCCAACUCAGGAGACUAUGAAAUAUUAUACUGGAACGGCGCAAAUUGCAAGCAAAUUUCAAGUGUAUCCCAAUUACGUGACGUCGAAUGGGCAACGAAUAAUUGCACAUUAGCCUUCAAUGUUUGCGGAAUAUGGCCCGAAGGAGCAGAUGGUACUGACAUCAAUGCAUGUUGCAGAGCUCCAAGAGCUCAUAACUUAUUAGCUAGUGCCGAUGAUUUUGGAAAAGUUAAUCUUUUUAGAUAUCCCUGCUAUCAGCCAAGAGCUAAUUGUCACACAUUCUCCGGUCAUAGUUCUCAUGUAACAAAUGUACAAUUUGUUCAUGAUGAUUCUAAACUGCUCUCAACUGGUGGUAAAGAUACCUCAAUUCUCCAAUGGAAUGUUUCAGCUUGA